AUGAGAACUAGGCAGGCCUGCAUUGAACACAUACAGUCGCAAUCCGAGCUCACAACAGAGGACUUCCUGGUCCUGUCGUCCUAUUGCAUGGUAGCCUCCUCUGGCAAAGUCCAACCUCAGCAAUUUAGAGAACAAAUCUCCCAGGAGACUUACGUUUACAAUCACGUGUUCAACGAGAACUUUACUGGGGUGAUAAACAACAUAAUGCUUUGCUAUUUUGGGUUUUAUAAAGGCUUUGACAUUGCACCAAGCGAGAUGCUCAAGAAGAUAUUGUUCUACUGCAUGAGGUGCCAGUACAUCAGAUCAAACAAGUUUAAGACCAGGCAGCACUUGGUGGCAAAAGACACCACCACUGUUGACACCAUGCUUAGCAACCUGUUCAUACUUAACAGCAAGUCCUCCAUUUUGAGGGAGAAGGUCAGACAGCAGUACAUGCACUACACUGUGAACUCUGAUGAGUACACUUACGAAGUUGCAGAGAUACUGAGUGACACGUUCAAGUCCACCAACAGCAGGCUCUCAGACAAUGUCUACUUCUGCAGCAUCUUCCACAAAUUCAAAAAAUGCACCGACCAAAAAUACAGACACAUUCUACUGAAUUGUGCCCCCUCCAGAGACAAACUGAAACACAACAGGUGCAUAACCUACAUGGAGCUAUCAGAGGAUGGAAGAGAGGAGACAUUGUACACCGUGACUCCAGAGCUGUUCAAUUACAGAAACGCUUCAACUGCAAUGAGUUACUAUCUGAAGCUUGCUGACUUUUUCAAGUUGACUACAAGACUCAAGAGGAAGAUGGGUGUGUCCUUUGGAAAGAAGGACAAAAACAAAGUGUACGUGGAGCCAACCUUUGAUAACCUGACAGAAGCUGAACUAUUUUGGCUGAGGCAACCUCACUCUGUCAAGAGUUGUGACAACCUCAGAACACUCAAAGACACACAUGCCGUGACAAUCUUCCCAGCAGAUCUAGUUGAGAGCAGUGAGCCCAUGGAGCAGGAUGAAGAGGACGAAGACCUGCUUGCUAAAAUUUUGAGUGGGCUCUCUGAACUUGAACAGAUGCAGGUUGCAACCCAACCAGCCCCUCCCCCUAAAAUAUUUGAAGUCCAACAGUUGACCAGCAAUCACAUAACUGACAAAUAUGAUGCCAUUAGACAAUCUGUAAUUAAAGCACUUCAAAUGAGACAAUAA